AUGACGGGAAACUACGAGGACGACGAGGACGAUGCUGUGGUGUGGAUGCUCUCGGCCGCUGCGUCGCUCCCUGUUCUCCUGCAGCCCAUGAUGAAGGCUGCGUCCAAGAAGUGGUUCGACAGGCCAGAUUUCAGUGCAGAAACCUACGCCGAUAAGGGGAACUGGGUGACCUGGCUGCUUCACGGGUGGCUUAGCUGGCUUCUCACACCGGAGCGAUUGGAACACGUCGCAGAGUGGGCUAAACGGCCAAAGGAUGUGCACUGGCAUACCUAUCUAGGCUGGAUGCUCCUAGAAGGGUCGCAUUAUGACUCAGCUAUUGAUCACUACAAACAAGCCAUCGAGCUCUGCGAUGAUGCCUGGCCCGCAUUGGAAGGUCUCGCCCAGUGUCUUGGAAGCCAAGGCAAGUACCAGGAGGCCAUUGAGUGGCAAGAAAAGGCCAUCAACGCCAUUCCAGAAGACUCAACUUGGAUCAGCGCCUAUCUCUGGCCUCGGAUAGGCUUCCAGACGGAGCCGUAUGCCAUCCUGGCCACCACGACGUACCUGACGAAACUCGAUCAGCGAGGAGAGUACGCAGAGCUGAUGUGGGCUUUCCAGAGCUUGCAUGAUCUGGAGGACCACCAACGUGAGGGGACAAGCUUGCUUGUUCGCCUGCUCGUUCACGGCGAAUACAUAAUCUCGCAGAUGGGCAACGCCUGUGCACGGAAUGGUCGCCCUCAGUUUGCUCUGGACGCCCUUGACAAAGCGCUGGAAGUUGUCGACGCUGAUGAUGCACGUGGCUACCUCAAAGUCUGGCUUCCCUACCAAAUAGCCACCUUCAAAUAUCACUAUUAUGGUCUAUGGGAGGGGGUUGCCAAGCUUUGGGGGAUUUUCUUGGAACGACUCGCGGACAAGCUCAAGGAGCUGGCUGCCGAGGUUUCCACCGGGCUGGAGGAGGGGUAUGAUGGUUUUGACUUGUUCCGCACCGACUAUCCGGCCAUGAUCUGGGGGAGGUGGUCGAGAGUCUACAAGGGCGUGGAGGAAUCGGUGUGGAGGAAGUGUUUCCCCGCUGCUGUUCUGGAGGGGCUGAACAGUGUUGAUGAUGAUGAUCCCACGAACGAUACCGGCGGUUUACAGCACUUGGCCAAGAUAUUGCUGCAUGCGGGCGACAAGCACAAUGCUUCUGCUAUUCUGGCCAUUCUCUUCAAUGGUGUCAAGGCUAAGUCAGAGCAGAGCGCGGUAGAAGGAGGGAGCGAAGAUGACGGCGAUAAUAACAAGGACCAUGCGGGAAGCGGCCAACAUUUGAGUCUGGCUGAUCCGCCGGCAGAGGCUCGUAGCCAGGAGACGCCACCUGAAGCCUCUCCCACCAAGGCAAACGAGUUGCCUCUCAAUAUCGACGAGGAUGCCGGGAUUUUUACCUGUGACCAUUGUCAGAGGGAAACUGGCGAGGUUUCCGAGUUAUAUUAUUGCGAGGUGUGUCCAGAGGUGACCAACUGGUGUGGGGAGUGUUUGGCACUUCUGAAGGACCCAGAGCAACGAAGGUCGAUGAUGUCCUACAGAUGCAGCCCGGAGCACGACUUUUACAGAGUGUGGCCUGUUCCUGAUGAGGCGAGAUACAUAGCUGCGUCGUCGUUUGAGGAUGGGGUCACGGUGAAGAAGGAGUGGUUGGAUCAGCUGCGGCGCGAAUGGUGGGAGGUCACGAAGGAGUAG